ACAUGUCGAAUGCGUUUCCAUUUCGCUCUUCCACUUUAAUCUGCCGAAAUUUUUGAAUCAAAGAAAGGUGGUGUCUGACAUGAAACUCGUUCACUCUAGGGUAUUCAUCCAAGUCUUGUAACACAGAAACGUUUGUCGGAAGCUUAAGCUCGUGGGUACUCUGUGCGCUCCGCAUCGAAGGCGCUGCGUUCGUGUCCCGAGUGCGCGAUGGAUUCUUGUGUUGCAUUCCUGUUGUUCCUCAUGCUGGCUGGUUCAUUGUGCUAUUGCAACACAGCGGCGCAGAACGUUCAUGAAUUUUCCAGCGAUUCCGUAGUGGUGGAGCAGGAAGAAGUUUGCGUUGUGGGGUCAUCGGAGGUGGAAGCACGCUACUGCACGCGCCUACUGCUCAAGGAUAUCAGCGACAGGGAGAGCUUUUUGCGCUAUGUGAGCUGGCUGCGUAUCGAGAACACCAAUCUGCUGCUUAAGGGGGAUGCUCUUGGGUCCUUGGGCACCCGUAUGGUAAUAGGUUUCAAGGACCAUGGGGGAGACGGCUCCAGUGAUCUUUUCAAUGAGAAGUCGCAUGGACCAAAAAUUCGGUCGGAUUUCCUAGCAGCGAACUUGGGCAAGAUAGAGCAACUCUUGAAAGACAUCAUCGGUGGUGAGGCUGUAGGCUGGAGUAGUGUCGGAUCUCUGGGUUUGAAUCGAGACGCCAGAGUGAUCCAGUCACCGUUUAAAACCAUGGUCAUUCUUCGAGGAGGAGCCAGCCUUGGAAUAGAAAUAAUGGAUUUGGUACCAAAAUCCUUCAAGGACUUUGUUCUUAAUAUUAGUUCAAGGGAAGGAAAUUCAGAGAUUUCAACGAUGGGACUGUGGCAUUGGCUUCCUGCCUCAUCUUUCAAUGGACUCGAGAAGGAAGAUACCUGGCCAUCGUUUUUCUCCUUCUUAGGAGCCCUUUCGUCCGAUCUGAAUUUGGAAAAAAAGGGUCCCUUUCUUCCGAAUUGGCUGGAAAGUCGCGCAUCUCUUUGGGGCAAGGAAUUGUCUUCCUCGCAAUGGCAGGUUCACCAGCGGAGUUUGACCCUAGUUUCACCACAAGAUAAACGUCAAAGUCUCUCACUGACUUACUGUGAAUCGGCUCGUUCACCCUCACCUCCGAAGUGCACAAUAGCUACACAUAAAGCAGAUACAUCAGUUGUGGACUAUGACAUUCCGAGUGAAUCUCAGAUACAAGUGAGACUGCACGCAACAGACCUUUCAAAAUGUGGCACCGGUAACGGUGAAAAUGCAGGGAACUGGGUUAUUCAAGAUAUUUCGCGGACACUCAUUGGUAGAGGUGCUCAUCGCAUGUUACAAUCAACGGUGACUUUGUCAGGGUCUCCUGGUUCCAGCCAGAGACUGCAUGACGGUUGCUAUUUAAGACUCGUGCAGAGCCUGCCAACUGGAGUUUUUGCGGAUCAAUUCGAACUUCAAGGCAUUCAACGUCGUGGAGGAAUCAAAGGGGCUUGGAUACACGGAGAUAAAAACCUUGAACAACCUGCCCUGCUCUCCAUACAAUCAAUUGUGGUUGUGGAUGUGAUCUUACGAACGGUGAAUAGCAGUGAUGUUACUGCUCCCGAGCCUCUGCUGCAAGCCGUGGUGGCAAUUCCUUUGCAUGCUCGCUACCCGCCUCUUGCUGUGGAUAGUCACAGCACGGUACACGUCUCCAUGCCCCACGUUUUUAUGUCUUGCCAACAAGAGAAAACAAAUCUCACCGGCACCAGAUGGAACGAGAUUGUACCAGGAUAUUCAAUGGGCUUGGAAAGGCCUGGAGGCGUGCUGGAUUGGAAGGUCCCUGCUGGGAGUCCUGCAGAUUACAGUUUUGUGGCCCGCUUCACGGCGAUUUGUGCACUCACUGGUGUCUUGGUCGUGUUAGGGGCGUCUGCAUCUGUUCAACGUGGUGCUUAGUUGUGUACAAUUCAUGUAAUGAUUUCGUCACUAAAGACAAGUUAGAGCUUUUAAGAUUCCUCAUCUGGUCGCCAUUAUCCUGUAGCCAAAAUAUGCAUGUGAAGUAAUGGACACGUUCAUCUCCUUUCCAAGCCUCUCUUCAUUCGAUCGAAGUGUAACAGCUGAAACUUGAGCAACAGAGGUGAAAGAGACGUUUUCACAUCUCAAAAUUAUUUCCUA